AGGCUGAAGUUUUCGCGGAGAGGAAAGACGGGUCCCACUUUUAUAUGCUCCCCCAGUCUCCCUCUUUCCCUCCUGCCUACAUUAGAUCAGAGCUGGUCUCCAGAAAUUUUACCCUCCCCAACCUUGCAAGGGCGCCUUUUCUUCUCUAGACUCAGUCGUUGUAUGAGGCUGUCCACUUUUGGCCUGCUCUGGGCUGCCAGUCUUGUCACAUGUGAAGUGAUGGCGAUGCGGGGUCAACAGCUGCAAGAAGAGCUACAAAGCUUAGCAACAGGCACACGACUCAAUCGACAUGGCGAGGAGAUCUCCGCUACACAGACUUCAUCACCUACAGCCUCAGCAGAUUCGAGAUAUGACUAUAGCCCAUGGGAAUUUCCGGCCAGCCUUGAACACUCCGCGCCAACUUCGGCAGCGCAGAGUCGUGUGCCCACUGCUCACCCCUCUCAUCAGAGCUUGAUAUCAAUCGCCCAAUCUCCAGUCUACAACGUUCACACACCGAGUCCGGCCUCAACGCAAGGCUCCGAUGCAAGCCCGAGUCCUGCCCAGACGGAAAAUUCGAGUGCGACCCCAAGCCCAGGGGUUAGCCCGGAUCGCCCUGUUGUGCCGGAGCAGAAGAGGAAAAGCUUCAGAAAAUUGGUCCAGACAUGGGCGCAGCGGUUCAGAGGCUGCACUUCGCGUGCUAGACCCAGCCAAUCCAGUUGCAGAAGUACCGGACCCAGUGCCGGAACGCCUUCGCCUCCAUCGUCCCCGCCGCCGUCGCAGCGCCGGUCGAGACCACGCAGUGGACUCCGGCUGCACUCACCAGGGCGAGGUUGAUAGCAAGGCUAGUCUGUACUCGGUAAAUCUACUGCUAUGUGGAACACUUGCAAUUGAGCCGUGCCAACAAAGACAGAAAAGUGUGAGCGCAAAGCGGUCGGAAGAGGUCCGAGAAGCGUUUGCUAGCAAUCAAGUGGGUGCGCAGGAGCAAAAAGAGCUACAGUACACGAUGGCACUGUC